UGUUUAUCAGACAAUCGCGAAAAUUAAAAAAACCAUCUUAAAAGAUGGCGAAACCUGGAAGAUCUGGAAUUGAUGUCUACGAGACAAACCCUCUGCCAGAGUCUGAUCAACAGAUUGCUAAUGAUGGAACUGUUAACCCAUUUGGUCAGUUGCCAGAAUAUGAACUUAGUAAAGAUACAAAAAAUGAAAAAAAUGAAACACUAAAUGAAAAACUCCAAAAACUCUGGAUAGAGGUGAACAGUCUUCAAGAAGACCUCAGCAAGAACAAAGAGGCAGAAAAGUUGGAUGAGCAAACAUUUGAAAUGUUGUCGGGUAAGGACUUAUUUAAACAGUUGGACGUGCUGAAAAAAGUUAUUGAUCAGCAAAAGCUUGAAGCUUUCAAAGUGAACUUGACCGACCCUCAAGGAAGUACUCAGAAGAAACUGUUAAAUGAAAUUGACAAAUUCACAUCAGUAAAAGGACCAAGGGCAUCAUCAUCUUCGCCAUCAUCAACAUCGUCAUCUGCAAGUAGCAAACAAUUGAGUUAUCACAUGGUUGUCAAUCCUUCUGAUCAGAAGAUGGAAAACAUGAAGAGGUUGGCACUCCUGGAAGAAAGAAUAUCACGUCUUAAUAAAGUUGUUGGAUCUGUUCCAUGCAUUCCGCCUCCGCUUAUGUAUGAAGCCGCCAACAACUGCAUCCUGGAUAUAAUAUCAAAUCUCGUCUCGAAGAGCAAGUCACUGGAGUGCCAAAACUGGAUGGACGUGGAGUCGAAGGCGGGUGCUGUGCUACGAAGGUUGGAUCAGAUUGAAGAGAAGAAGGAUAUCAUGGAACAGAAAGCUAAGAUGGACAAGAUAUCGGAACUGUACAACAUCAUGCUGAAAUGGAACCAGCUGUCAAUAGUUCUUCCCUCUGUUGUCGAUCGACUGACAACUCUUAAACAACUACACCAGCAAGCUCUAGAAUUCCAGCAAGUUUUGGGCCACCUAGAGGUAACCCAGCAGCAGAUCAACGUGCAACUGAAGGGCCACUCCGAACUUUUGAAAACCGUCCAAGAGGAAUUCAGAAAGAACUCGAUCGCCAUUAAAACAAAUUGCGAAAAUCUCGAGAAAAAAUUGAAAGCGUUAGAAGAUAAGAAGUGAUGAUGAGGAUGACUUUCUUCCUAGAGAUGACGAUGGUGAUGAUACGAAUUAUGAUGAUAUGUAAUCACCACCAUCAGCUAUAUUCUCGUCGUCGUCGUCACCAUCACCAUCUUAAUUUAUCAUUGUCAUUACACUGACUUAUCAUGUUCUGUCAUCAUCAUCGUUAUCGUCAUUAUCAUCAUCACCACCAUCGUCAUCAUCAUUACAAUCAUCAUCAGGCCAGCUUUAUUCUCGAUCAUUUUUCCAUUUAUUCAUUAAUUUAUUUAUUAUAUCAAUUGUUAAUUUUUCGUUAAAGAUUAUUGUAAUAUAUAAUACGUAUGAAUCUAUGGUAUGUAUGUUUGUGUGUGUGUAGAGAGAGAAAAAGAGAGAGAAACAAUAUUCAUUUCAGCUUGGGUUUAAUAACGUCUCAUUUUAACAUUUUUCAAUUAUAUUUGGGGUAAGGUUUUUUUAUUUCAAUAAAAUCGAUCUUUUUUGUUCGAUAAUAAUAAUAAUAAUUAAGCUUAAAAAUGGUGGUCGCAUAGAUACAUUUAAACCGGAAUAUAACUUUGUUUUAAAGAAGUAAACUCUAUUUAUAACCAGAAAGAAGGCAGGUUUCUAGUUACGCGUAAUUCAUAUACAUGUCACUAAUUAAUACAUAUACAUUCACGUAUUCUAUUCACAUGAUAUACGUUGUAUGUGUAUCGAAUACACACCUUGUAUAUGUUAAUUCCAUGUUGUAUACAGUUACGUGUUCAUGACGUCACAAUAAAGUUAUACAGUCAAUAAA